GGUGGAUUAAUUUGUCACUUUCCUUGAAACUGGUGAACCCCAAAAAAGUUAGACAGCGAUAGGAAAAUACUGCCAUUGUCUGUUGAGAAGUCUAUGACAUUUCAAGGCAAGAAUGAAUAUAUGGAAGAAGAAACUUGUUUCUUCUUUACUAACAAAAGGGAAAGGCUGGAAGUGAAUGAUAUGGGUAUACUUAAGAAAAAAAGAAAAAAAACCUUUACGUAACUUUUUUUGCCGGGAGCGAAGACUACGAAGCACAUUUUCCAGGAAGUGUGGGCUGCGACGAUUGUGUGCUCUUAACUAAUCCUGAGUAAGGUGGCCACUUUGACAGUCUUCUCAUGCUGCCUCUGCCACCUUCUCGACCAGAAGAUACCAUUUCAACUCUAACAAAGCAUGAUCGAAACUUAUAGCCAACCUUCUCCCCGCUCUGUGACCACUGGACCUCCCGUCAGUAUGAAAAUUUUUAUGUAUUUACUUACUAUUUUUCUUAUCACCCAGAUGAUUGGGUCAGCACUUUUUGCUGUGUAUCUUCACAGAAGGUUGGACAAGAUAGAAGAUGAAAGGAAUCUCCAUGAAGAUUUUGUGUUCAUGAAAAUGAUACAGAGAUGUGCCAAAGGAGAGGGGUCCUUAUCCUUACUGAACUGUGAGCAAAUUAAAAGCCAGUUUGGAGGCUUCAUCAAGGAUAUAAUGCUAAAUGAAGAGGCAAAGAAGAAAGAAAAAACUUUUGAAAUGCAAAAAGGUGAUCAAGAGCCUCAAAUUGCAGCCCAUGUCAUAAGUGAUGCCAGUAGUAAAACAACAUCUGUUCUACAGUGGGCCGAAAAAGGAUAUUACACCAUGAGCACCAAAUUGGUAGAACUCAAAUAUAAGAAGCAGCUGACCGUUCAAAGACAAGGACUCUAUUAUAUCUACGCCCAAGUCACCUUCUGUUCCAAUCGGGAAGCUUCGGGACAAAUGCCGUUUAUAGCUAGCCUCUGCCUGAGGUCCCCAAGUGAAUCCGAGAGAAUCUUACUCAGAGCAGCAAAUACCCACAGUUCCUCCAAACCUUGCGGACAACAAUCUAUCCACUUGGGAGGAGUAUUUGAAUUGCAACCAGGUGCUUCGGUAUUUGUCAACGUGACUGACCCAAGCCAAGUGAGCCACGGGACUGGCUUCACGUCUUUCGGCCUACUCAAACUCUGAACAGUGGAACCUCCCCGACUGCGGCUGAGCUGACACGGGCAGUCUUCAUAAUACAGCAAAGCAGUUAAGAUCAUCCCCUGUUGAACUGCCUAUUUAUAACCCUAGGAUCCUCCUCAUGGAGAACUAUUUAUUAUAUACCCCAAGGCAUGUAGGGCUGUAAUAAAUGAAUUACA